AUAACUAGGAAUAAAAUGGACAGCUCUCUUCAGUAUAUUUGUGGAUCGAUUGCAGCUGCUGUAACCGGAGCAGUUGCAACUGCAGCAGUAUAUAUUGCUACACGUCCACCUCCAAAACUCAAAAGGAAUUUUGAUCUCAAUCAUCAGUCAGAAGAAAUACCGGGCUCUGAGCAUGUUAGAAUAUCUCAUUUAACACCAAAAGCACCUCAUGUUUCGUAUUUGUAUGAAGAUGCUCAAACAUUGUAUGAAUGUAUGCUUAGAGGAUUAAGAGUUUCUGGUAAUGGACCUUGCCUUGGUUGGCGUGAAAAAGGAAGUGAAGAAUAUCAAUGGCUUCGAUACAAAGAGGUUGUGGAGAGAUCAAAAAAUUUUGGUGCAGGUUUAAUGUUUAAGAAAAUUAAGCCAAAAAGUUUUGUUGGAAUAUAUUCUGCAAAUAUUGUAGAGUGUGUUUUGGCCGAGCAUGGGUGCUAUGGACGAUCUAUGAUCAUUGUUCCUAUUUAUGAUACUCUUGGACCAAAGGCAUUUACACUAAUCGUAAAUGAAGCUGAAAUUAUGGCUGUUGUUUGUGACAAAGAAGAACGUUCUGUGGCACUAAUGAAUGAUUUACAUGAAAUGCCUACAUUAAAACUGAUUGUUCAAGUUGAUCCAAUCUCUGAAACUGCUAAACAAAAGGCAAAAGAGCUUGGUAUUGAAAUUCUUUCAUUUACAGAAAUAGAGAGACUUGGAAAAACUAAUCCUCAAGACCUCAUUCCCCCCAAACCAGACGAUUUAGCUACCGUUUGCUACACCAGUGGUACUACAGGAAAUCCAAAAGGUGUGAUGUUGACUCACAAGAAUAUAAUGGCAAAUGUCAGCUCUGCAAUGCUGCAAUUUGGAGAAACAGCCCCUGGCAGUAAUGAUAUAAUGCUCUCAUUUUUGCCAUUGGCCCAUAUGUUUGAGCGCUGCUGUCAGGUAGGGUUGUAUAUGACUGGUGGACAAGUUGGAUUUUUUCAAGGGGAUAUCAGGAAGUUGAAUGAGGAUUUCAGGACCUUAAGACCAACUGUAAUUCCAUGUGUGCCUCGUCUGUUAAAUAGAAUCUAUGACAAGAUUCAAGAAGAGGCAAAUUCUAGUAAAAUAAAAAAGAUGCUGCUUAACAUGGCUAUUGAAAGCAAAAAAGCUGAAUUAGAAAGGGACAUAAUUCGCAACAACGGCAUCUGGGACUGGACUGUUCUCAAACCGAUUCAAGAUAAAUUAGGUGGUCGCAUACGAUUAAUAGUUGUAGGCUCUGCACCUAUUGCUGGACAUAUUUUGACUUUUUUGAGAUGUGCUUUAGGUUGUGUGAUUGUUGUUGGAUAUGGGCAAACUGAAUGUGUUGCUCCGUGCACCAUGACUACUCCAGGUGAUUCUAGUGCUGACAGUGUUGGACCUCCAAUCCCAUGCGUUAAAGUGAAAUUAGUAGAUGUUCCUGAUAUGAAUUAUUUUGCAUCUGAAGGAAAAGGAGAAGUUUGUGUCCAAGGGCUUACGGUAUUCCAGGGUUAUCUAAAAGAUACUGAGAAAACUGAAAGCACUGUUGACAAAGAUGGAUGGCUCCAUACAGGAGAUAUAGGAAUGUGGCUACCAAAUGGAUGCUUAACAAUUGUUGAUCGAAAAAAACAUAUCUUUAAACUGCAACAGGGAGAAUAUGUGGCGCCAGAAAAAAUAGAAAAUAUAUAUUUACGUUGUCCUUAUGUGUCUCAAGUUUUUGUUCAUGGAGACAGCCUUAAGUCAUGUGUUGUUGGAAUAAUUGUGCCUGAAAUGGAAUUGAUAGUACAGUGGGCAAAAGAACGAAACAUUAAUAGGGACAAGAUUAAAAUCUGUCAACAUCAGGAUGUGAAAGAAUUUAUCCUAAAUGAGAUGACGCUUACGGGAAAGAAAUCUGGUCUUAAAUCAUUUGAACAGGUGAAAGACAUUUACCUCCAUCCACACCUUUUUUCAAUGGAAGAUGGCCUCCUGACGCCAACCCUGAAGACCAAGAGGCUGGAAUGCCGGAAAUACUUUAAACCUCAAAUAGAUGCUAUGUACAGUCUCCUAAUGUGAGGAAAAAAAUAUCUUUUCGGGACUAAUAUGUGUAGCCUUUUUUGCACCCACCUUUUGGUUUUUAGAGAAUGAAGUUUGGAAGAGAUGACGUUACACAGCCAUUGAUUAUCCAAUACAUUAGUGAUGUGCAAAGAUGUAUGAAAUGAGCAAAAUUCAAAUGCAUAAGGUUUUAGGAACUAUUUAUACUACUGGCAUUUAAAUUCUUUUUUUCUCCUUGUGUUAUUAAAUGUUUGAACACAGAAUUGUGAUAUAUUUAUUGUCGAAUUUUGUUAUAGCAGUUGAUCUGCGAACAAAAAUGAGUUUUAUUUAUUUGUUUUAGUAAAUUUUUUGCAUUUAUACAAGUUUUAUCUCUUUGAUCUUUUUGAACUUUACUUUGAUUAAUUUUAAAACCUAAAAAUUUAAGAAUUUAUUUUAUAUUAGUUUUAUGAAUCACAAAAUAUUUCACAUCAAACCUUUAUUGCAUUUUCAAUUUAUUUUUCUUUCUUUCAUUAUCAUUGUAAAUAAAAUUGGUUGCUCCAUUUUUGUUUUUUAAGAGACUGAUGCUUAUGAAAAAUUUUCUUUGGGAUUCAGUCUUGCAAAUUAAAUAUCACUUUCAUUUUCAAUGUUAAAAAAAAUUAUUAAAUGUACCAUAUUUAAAUUGAUCAAAUUAAUUUGUUUCCUGAUGUUACUCAAGCCUAAUAAGAAGUGAAUUAAUAUGCUGGUGGCAUUUAAAACUUCAGCUGUGAGGCAAAAUCUGAAUAUGAACAUAUUUAAUUUCAUUUGUUGUUGCAAUGUGAAUUAAAAUUCUUUUUCAUUCCUGUUGAUAAACUUGUGAAGAUGAACACUAUGUUCGAAUUAAUUCUGAAUUGCGUUGUGUUUUUUAAUUUUUAUAAACCAUUGAAAUGUAUUAACAGAUUGAGCUAUUUCAUUCUGUCAUGAAACAAAUGUGUUGUACUUAAAAUUUUACUUAAAAUCAUCAUUGCAAAUAGAUAGUGAUAUUUUCCUUCUGUUAUUUUUUAAAAAGAAUGGAAGAAAAAAAAAUCCCCAUCAAGUUCCUUAUUAUUGUUGUUAUUUUUGUUUUGUGUAAGUCAUGUGAAAUAAUUAUGAAGAAGCAGCAGAAGGUGUUAGCAACUUCUAAAUUAUGACAUCCAGUGAAAUUUCAUUAUUAAAUACAUAUGUAUGUAUAAAAAAAAUUUUUUACUUUACUAACAUGCAUUGAUUUUGUCUUUUUAUGAAUUUAUUUAGAUCAUUUAUUAUAAACUUUUACCUUUUAAAAAAGUAAAGACAAUCAUUGAGCCUAGGGUAAAUGUUUAACUUUUCUUAUGUAUAAGUAAUAGUGAUGUGUUUAAGUUCAUCAAAAAAUCUUUGCUACACCUUCUGUUCUAAUAUUUUAUGCAUCUACCAUUAACAUUCCAUUCAAUUGUGAUCAUAUUGUUUUUAUUUAUUAAUAAGAUGAUAUUACUAGGAAUCUAAGAAUAGAUACAGGGUCUUUAUGAAUAGAUAAGUUAUGUGUAGUGUUUCCUGUACAUAAUAUUUAAUUUAACACAGUCAUUUUAAAAUGUUUUACCAAUUGUGGAAAGCCUGGUUCUUAGUCCAAAAACUACAUUUGUCAUAAAAUAUUUCUGUAUUAAUAAUAUUGAAAACAAAAGCUGAAAACUUGCCUUAUGUCUCAGGCUCUUAUCAAAAAUUUGUUUUAUAAAUUCUCUUAUUAACUCUUAGCAACAAAAAAAGUAAGCACAUACUAUACAAUUAAGUAGGUGCCUCAAGCAUAUUCAUUAAGAACAAUUUCUAUGUAGCGGAGCAUAAUUUUAUUAUUAGUUGCACUUAAUGCAAAUGGUAUAAAAAUUAUAGCUAAAUCUAAUUUUAUAAAUAUUAGAUGCCUGAAUUUUCCUAAAUGAUUAAAAAAAAUCUGGAUUCUAACAGCUGUGGCGAAAUUAUUAAAUGGCGCGUACUUCCUUACCUUUGAACAAUUUGAAUUAUACUUAAUUUACUACUAAUUCUACAGUCAUAAUCAAGUUGCAUACUGGUAAUUUAGCUAUAACAUUUGAAGUCUUCUCCAACUUUGAAAAAGUGCUAAUACUACCAUGUAUGUCCUCACAAUUAGCACUGGUGAAAAAUAUAACAAAAUAUCUGCUCAUUGUAUAAAUAUUUUUUGCAAGAUGAUACUGGCUGAUUAGUGGAGAUAGUGAUCUUAUUUAUUAUUUGUGAUUUUUUUUUUUUUUUUUUUUUUGUGAUGGAUAAUAUUAUUGUACUCCAGUUAGAAUGGGACCAAUUUAAACAUUUUUGGACCAUAGCCUUAAUGUUCAUGUGCGUGCUGUGUAAAUUAGUUUGUCGCCAAAGCUGUGAAUCUUGUAAAAAAAAAUUCUGUAUUAUCUAUUCCUCAUUAUCAUAAAGAUGUGUUAAAUAUGGUCCUGUUCUAACAGAAUCUCUUUAUUUCCUAAAGCAGUUGUUCGUUUUUAAAGGACAUUAUCAAACGUUUACUUAAUUUAUUUUACUCUACUUAUCCUUAAAUUCUCAUUAAAUACUUUAUUGGUCUUUCAAUUUUGAGUGAGGUUGUGAUAAGAAAUACUGUGAUAAAAGAUAUGAUUUUGCUGUUUGGAAAGAAUGAAAGAUUUCAGUUGAGAAGAAAGAUUGAAAUUGUUUUAUAGAUUGCCUUUUUUUUUUCCUAUUUCAUUUUUGCUAUUUUGUUUUGUGCAUGAUGUCAGAACAUUUGAAGUACUUCCAUCUCCUUUUGGCAAGGUAAUAUUUAUUGUAAUUCCAACCAAAGAAUAACUAUAAAUUGAAUAAAUCUUAUUCUAGCUUGA